AUGUCCAACCUAACUGCUGUCAAAGAAUUCCUUCUCCUUGAGUUUUCUGAAAUUCGAGAGUUUCAGAUUUCCCAUGGCAUCAUUUUUCUUGUCUUUUAUUUAGCAGCCCUGGUGGGGAACCUUCUCAUCAUCAAGCUCAUUGCUUUUGAAUGCUACCUCCACAAGCCCAUGUAUUUCUUUCUGUUGAAUUUAGCCCUUGCAGACAUUGGCUCAGUGUCUGUUACAAUUCCAAAGUCCAUGGCCAAUUCUUUCUUCAACACCAGACUGAUUUCCUAUUCUGAAUGUGUCAGUCAAGUGUUUUUCCUCAUCUUCUUCAUGGCAACAGACCUUGCUUUCCUCACCGUUAUGGCAUAUGACCGCUAUGUUGCUAUUUGCAAUCCAUUACAUUAUGAAACUCUCAUGAACAAAGACUCCUGCAUCCAAAUGGCAGCUAUCUCUUGGACUGCUGCCCUUCUGUAUGCCACUUUACACACCUUUGGCACUUUUUCAACAUCCUUCUGUUCCAAAGUCAUUAAUCAAUUUUUCUGUGAAAUCCCACAAUUGCUCAAAAUCUCUUGCUCUGACCAGUACCAGAUUGAAGUUGGUGUCCUUGGCUUCAGUGGGUGCUUGGCCUUUGGGAGCUUCAUCUUUAUCAUCUCCUCUUACAUGCAGAUCUUCAGAGCCGUGCGGAGAAUCCCCUCUGCACAAGGGAGGAAAAAGACAUUCUCCACUUGUAUACCCCACUUCCUUGUCGUCUUCCUGUUCAUUUUAACAACAGCUUUUGCUUACCUCAAGCCAAUCUCAAACUCAGCCACAGAUCUGGACCUGGCUGCUGCUGCCAUCUAUUCUGUAGUUCCUCCACUGAUGAAUCCAAUCAUCUACAGCAUGCGGAACAAAGAAAUCAAAAUGGCAAUGAGGAAUGAAUUACAUGUAUCUUGUAACUCUUUGUCUUGGCUGUAA